AUGGAUGGAGAAAUAUUGAUUGCAGAAAAGGAUUCAUCUUUUCGCAUCUUAACAGGAUGCUUCCUUUCUGUUUUAAUACUCUCAACCCUUCUGGGAAACACAUUGGUUUGUGCAGCUGUCAUCAGGUUUCGUCAUCUGAGGUCAAAAGUCACAAACUUUUUUGUGAUCUCUUUAGCAGUGUCCGACCUUCUAGUGGCGGUGCUGGUCAUGCCUUGGAAAGCUGUUGCUGAGAUUGCUGGCUUCUGGCCUUUUGGUUCAUUUUGUAAUAUAUGGGUAGCUUUUGAUAUUAUGUGCUCAACGGCAUCCAUCUUGAACCUUUGUGUCAUCAGCGUUGACAGGUACUGGGCCAUCUCAAGUCCUUUUAGAUAUGAAAGAAAAAUGACCCCAAAAGUAGCCUUUAUCAUGAUAAGUGUGGCUUGGACUUUAUCAGUCCUAAUAUCUUUCAUUCCUGUGCAGCUUAACUGGCAUAAAGGCAAUGCAAUGGAUAAUUGUGAUUCCAGCUUAAAUAGGACAUAUGCAAUUUCCUCAUCUCUUAUUAGCUUCUAUAUACCCGUGGCCAUUAUGAUUGUAACCUACACAAGAAUAUACAGAAUAGCAGCAAAACAAAUAAGACGCAUCUCAGCUCUGGAAAGGGCAGCUGUGCAUGCCAAGAACUGCCAAAACAGCACUGGCAAUGGAAGUAGCAUUGAUUGCCAACAACCUGAAAGCUCUUUAAAGACCUCGUUUAAAAGGGAAACAAAGGUUUUGAAGACUUUGUCAGUGAUCAUGGGAGUUUUUGUAUGUUGCUGGCUGCCCUUCUUCAUAUUAAACUGUAUGGUGCCGUUUUGUGACCCCAGUGUCUAUAUGCGUGGAGCAGAACCUUUCUGCAUUAGCUCCACCACAUUUGACAUUUUUGUAUGGUUUGGAUGGGCAAAUUCUUCAUUAAAUCCCAUCAUAUAUGCUUUUAAUGCUGAUUUCCGCAAGGCUUUCUCAAACUUGCUAGGCUGCUACAGGCUCUGCCCUACAUCAAACAAUGCUAUAGAAACAGUUAGCAUAAACAACAACGGGGCAGUGAUCUAUUCAUGCCAGCAAGAGCCCAAAGGUUCCAUUCCUAAUGAGUGUAAUUUAGUUUACUUGAUCCCACAUGCGAUUAUCUGUCCUGAAGAGGAAGUCCUGAAAAAAGAGGAGGAGAGUGGCUUAUCGAAAAGUUUAGACAAAAUGUCUCCAGCAUUCUCUGGGAUUUUGGAUUACGAUGCAGAAGUUUCACUAGAAAAGAUAAAUCCUAUCACACAGAAUGGGCAGCCAAAAAGCUGA